UGUUUGCAUAGCUAAUUAUUCUUUGUGCACCUAUGACCCCUCAUCUUUGCAUUUCAGUUCUUCAUUCAGCACGUUUAUUUAUCUGUUCAUCCCUUUCAGUGGCGUCUCUGGAAUAUCCACAGGAUUUUGUAAUGACCUCUGAUGAACACAUCCUCUCCAAACAGCCCAUAGUUCCGAAGCGAAAUAAGUCGGUAAACUGAUACGUCAACCUGUUUAUUCAGAAGAAUCCCACACUACUAUCAAAGGAGUUGAAAACUGCCAAUAAUUUCAUCCACAAAUUGAAAAAUGUGAAGAAUGCACUGCGUCUACUCACUUGUGAAUUCGACGAACAACUUCUACAACUCCCCGGUCUUCUCGGAGCACUUACACCAAAACUAGAAGCUGGAUGGCAGUCGUUUUCCCUUGGCCCCGGUUCUACAGCAACAGAUCAAUUAGCUAACGAUCUUACCAGCCAGUUGCCACCGCUUAUCAGACCCCUGCAGCCCGGUCAACAGGGUUCAGCUGGAUCCGUUCCACUGUCACACAGUUUUACUUGGACGAGGCUCCAACCACGACUGGAGUGCAAUGAAACGCCAAAUGGUGAUGGAAUAACGGAAAGCCGAGAAUCCAACCUUGUUUUAGAACCUUUUGUCGAACCGGAAGUUAUUUUGCUCUUAACUGCGGAUCAGAUCAAAGGGUUGACGAGGACGACUGUGAAUAGGAACCGCACACAGGCUUCAACCUUGACUUCCUUCGGCACAUGCAUAAAGCAACUCAAUCGCCCGGUUACUUGUAUACUUUUCACUGGAGCGAAACUCAGAACGUCGGAAAAGUAUAACGGUGAUACUAAAAGCCUUCUCCUUUCGUUUGGUGCCGUGACCAGGAUAAGGAUGAAGAUCCCAUGGCCGCAACCCUUUGAGGAUGGGGAUGUUCGGACCUUCCCUGAGGACUUUGAGGAAUUUGCGGAGGCUGCCGGGCUGGAAACCGACCGGGGAGGCUAUGAGGCGGUUCAAGACGGCCAGGAUGGCACUCGGAUCGGCCCCGACCGUGUUCUUCUCAGCAGUUGUUGGAUCGCGCUUUGCCCGACGCUGGAUGGAGUGUCGCGACACCAGUUGCUGUCGGAUCAGUUUGUCGAAGGUGUGCAGCCCGCGCUCGGUGUCCAGUUGCGGUUGGCACGAGCAACUGGCCAGUUGAGUGUGGAGGAGCUGAUGCAUCCGGCCCGGGAGCUGCCCCAGGAACCACUGGCCACGUUGCAGUCGCCGAAGAACAGGGAUGGUUCAUCAGUGGAGGAACUGCAGACCAUGGUGGACCAACUCACCGAACAGCUGGCAGCCGUGAAGACGGAAUCAAAACGAACGUCUGGCGUGGGUGCCAGUACCUCGUUAUCGAUAAAUGAACUCUGCUCAGACCUCCAGAUCCGAUGGGGUGUUCGAGCUACCCGGAUUUGUAGCACUGUCCAUGAUGUGGCUCUUGUUCUCGCCUCUUACCACCGUUCCAUAGGCGAGCGACCUUUUAAGGAGGGUCGCCUGUCGCGAGAUGAAGGUUUGACUUUUCUCCCAGACACCGUCCGCAAAGGGCUUGCCGGUUGCGCUUCCAGAGGUCGAGGUGCUGGACCAGCACCCAACAUAUCUGGAGAUGAUCCUGACGGAACCGAUUCCCUGGCCGUGCAUAGCUGGGCUAAUCGUCUCUGGCUUGCACAGCUGGGUCAGUGGCGAGGACUUACCGGUGAGGUGGCUCAUGCCAUUGCACAGGUUUAUCCCACGGCGUUCAGUUUCUUUCAAGCCUGUCAGAAGGACCUCGAAACCGUUGACGCCACUAACUCAGACGGCAGUCAAAUCAGUGGGAAACGUCGCCACCCACUGGAAGCUAACCUAGCCGAACUGGAGAUUCGAAGAGGUGCCGGUAUCCUGUCCUCUCGGCGUCGGCUUGGACCAGAGUUCGCCCGGCGACUCGUCACCCACUUCACUUCUGAAGAUCCCAGCGAGGUUAUUGGAUGAUUGCAUUUUCUGUCGGUCUUUCGCACUUCUGUUUAUCCAACUGAGUGUACAACCAGAUUGAUUUGUUCCAUCACUCACCCCCCCCCCCCGUUAAACUCGCAUUUUCCAGAUGUACCAAAGCUUAGUUUACUAUUUCCAUUUGAACUUGGCUUUUUAAAUUUCCCUUGGUCACAUGUGGUAAAAAUCGUGUUUAGGUUGCUCUUACACAUGGGAUUCACUCAACAUAAACGUACUGCUGAGACGGUUUUUCUGGAUUCUUAAUGGUGAAAUACACUGAGAACAGGAUUCCUGAUUUCCUACUUUGAGAGACUUUUUGUUAAGGUUUGGUUUUGUGUGACUCGUCGGAAA